UCUGGCAACAGCGCGGUAUUGCACAUUCGCCAUUUCGCCCGCUUCUCUGAAUUCUAAUGAUAAUAAAUAUAUCAAUUUAGGUUGGGCUGGGGUGAAGAUUAUACUGAUAUGUGAUCAUACUACGACAACAAUUCCUUGAUAAUAACAUCAGUAUGGAUGGUAAUAAAAAAUAUAUUUACACUGUGCUAACACAGAAUUCAGAAUAUUACUGGAAAUUUUUGAUAUGUUACAUUUUUCUCAUAAUGUUGUUUUUUUGGAUACUAAUUCUCAGUGAAGUUUUAUCAACUGUUUUGAUAAUGAUUUCAAUAGUUUAUAUAAUCUCUUUAUGGAUAUUCACAGUCUGGGUAACAGUUACUUUCAUCAGGAAAUUAUUCUUGAAAAACCAAUUGCUUGACUGGAAAAUAUUUGAAGAAAAAAAUAUUAUAUCUACUCAUUACAAUACUGAAGAAAACACCACAAACCAACUAUCUAAAGAUGUUGUCAAUCAAUUCAUUAAAAUAUGGUAUGAUGAAAUAAGUAUAGAUGAUAAGUUUCCAACAGAAAGUGGUCUUUUUAUCAAAAAUACUUUGGUUUCUAUCAAUGAAGCACUCAAUAAUGUUGAUAAAAGACAAUUUACUUAUGCCAUUUUCAAUAUACUUUUGAAACAUCUCAAACAAUUCCGAAGAAGCUUGAAACUCAAAGACAAAAAUGGGCAAAAAAUCUCAGAAUUAUACAGGUAUUCAUUCUCCAUGGUAACAAACAAGAAAAGUUGUGAAUAUUACAUACAUCAGAUGAUGAAAAAAUUACUGAUCAAUUUCAUUCAUUGGGAAUUAUGGAAUUCUAUUCCAUGCAAAUUGGUCAUAUCAAUCCUAUCAAAUAAAGCAUCAUACUUAAUUGAUUCAUGUUCGAAUUCUGAGUUUUUGAAUUACUACAUACUGAAAAUAUUGCUUUCUGAAGAACAAGCAUUUGAACUGAAAUUAUCGCAAUAUACACAUAUUAAACUUAAUUUAACACAUAUUAAAGGUCACCCAAAAAUAAAAAUUCUUGAGGAGGAAGAAUGUACCUAUGAAAGAAAUUUGAAUUUGACAGAGGAAGAACAAAAAGCUGUAAUAACUACACAUGGAGAUAUUGAAAAGAAUUCAAGCAAAUAUCCAAAAUCAGAGAAAAAUUGUGAAGCUAUGGAACUGCCUGUCAAAACAAAAAAUAACGUAGUAAAAGUUUAUGAACCUAAAAGCACAAGUGAAAAAUGGAAUGAAACACUAGACUUAACAUCUGUAACUUUGGGUGAAGAUCCUUUGGCAAGCCCAAGUCAAAGGAAAAAUCUUGCUGAAGCUAUUGACAUUUUGAAGGAUGAAAAAAUGGAUGUAAUUGCAGGAGAAGGUAUGGUGCAUAGGACAUGUAAUAAAACAAUAUUGGAGGAGAUGAAGCAUAUGACUUCAAUGGAGGGGUUUAAAAGUACAAUGAAACCAUUCAGUAAGUCCAUGGGCGACGCAACGGCCAACACUCUUCGCGACAUAAAAGAUUUCCAAGAGAACACCGUCAACACGGUCGUGAAACCGAUGUCGCAGGCCACGUCUCAGGCUCUGCACAAAAUCGGCGAUUUUCAGGACGAGGCUGCUGGGAUGGUGGAAGGACUGUUCGACCUUGGAAUGGCUGGUAUCCGGAGAGGUUUGAAGCUGACUGGCUUACAGGAAAACUCUUCGCAAGAAGGUAUGAUUACAGAAAUUAAAGCCAGGUGUUCUCUGGUCAGUCCCGGUGCCACUAACAAAAAAGUCAGACCGCCUUCUAACGCUGAACUGGCCGAGGAAUGUGUGUGGAUGAAUCCCUUGCAGACCAACGUUGACGAUGAUGUUCUAGCGGAUAAUGAUGAAGUUGAUCAUGUACCUUCUAUUCUGAUGGAUAGUUUAGAGUAUGGCAGCCCUGAUCCUGAGUACGAGGAAGGAGCAGAUUUUGCAACCACCAUAGCAAAACUUAGGUCUCUCCUUCAACAAAAGUCAUCAUCAGAAUCAAUUUCGACAACCCCUGUUGCAAGUCCCAUGAUGUCCGAUAACAAUAAAUCUCUGUUGGAUCUAGAGGAAGUCGACGGUUUUAUCCCGAGUAUCUAUAAGAUGUGCGCCAAAACUGCUACGGGCGUUUUCAACAAUACCCUCAACACAAUUAAAACCGCUUUACCCAGUACCGACGAAGAAGUGAUAGCUUAUGGGAUCGAAAAAUGGAAUUUUGAAAAUAUUGAGGAGAAGGGGGCAACUUUAUCAUCAAGGAUGCGCAAGUUGCUUUUAGAAAGGAAGGAUUUUUGUACGAUAGAAACAGCUUAUGAUGCAUUUGACUCUCAAGAACCGGAAACAAAAGAAUUUAUAUCGGAUGUGUUUUUUGAUGAGACAGAAGAUUUUGAAUCUAAAGUUCCAUUAACAAGAACCUUCAUUGAUAUAAUUUGUGAAUUGAUAGCUGAUUCUGAUUCUUUUGCGUCUCAAGAACCCUUUAUAAAAUUUCUUCUAUUAGUUUUUGGUAAAUCUAUGGAUGAAAUGAUCAUUUCGAAAGUCGAAGAUCUUUUUGAUAAUUUAUGUGUAACAGAAGUCCCAAAGAGCCUAGACUGCAAAGUAUUAACUAUGGACUUCGACGUUUAUGUUGAAUAUUUGAUAUCAGUAUUGCCAGAUGCCGUGAAUCUAUUAGCAAGUCAUUCCACACUUAAAGAUGCACUAAAUAACUUGAUUUUAUCCAUUCAAAUCGAAAAAUGUAAUAAAGAUGUUAUUUUACAAAUAUUCGAUUUUAUGGUACUUAGAUUAAUUGAGAAUUCAAAGAAUCAUCUUCAAAUUUAAAGAAUAGAACUUUCAUAUCUAGUCAAGUUCCAAAUAAUAAUAUAUCGCUUAUUCAAUAUUAUUUAAUAACAAUUUUAACAUAUCUUAUAGAAAAGACUCUUUUAUAUGAUAAAGUUUUGAUUAUAAACAAAUUCAGAAAAUUUCACC